AGAACCUCCCUCAUGGAACCAGAUCUAUAUUCAUCUCGUAUUCAGAUGAAAUCUUCUAUUCUUGCAUAAAUGUUGGAAUUCCGCUCUUUUUGCAGAACUUCACACAGCUGUAAUUAUAAAGACCACAUUUUAGACAUGCCAUUCUCGCCUACGACGGAGUAUCGAAGAUUUUUCUUCACUUCUAGUCGCGAGUAAUUAUUAUCAUGCUAGACGUGGUGUUGCUAUGUCUUCACUGGCACUCGUAAAGAAAGCCUCGCCUCCGAGGGUAAGCCUUGGGGUCAUGAUGAUAUCUUGUUUGGUGUUUGCAGAAGUGGUUCAACAUCUGCCACUGCUUCUCGCUGUGACGUAGCUGUAGCUUUUCCCCUGUCUGUUUGGAAGUCAGUUUAAUUCUAGUACCCGCGGCCCACCAUCAUGUCCCUCGCCUACUUCUCCUUCGCCGGGCUCGGUUGGUGCGGUCUGUGCAAGAUAUGCAUUGGAAAAGUAUCGCUAUCGUAUUCGUGGUCCUGCAAUACAAAUUAGCUCAGCAUGCCAAAUGGAAUUCGUCAUGCUGAGUUAAGAGCUUGAAAAAGACAAGGAAUUUGUCUUGCAUGACUGCAAUUGCUACGAGUGCGAUAUUACUUUUGCACAGGAUACAAGGAGGAAAAAGACAAUUCUCCGCUCCACCCGCUGCACGUGUACCGAAACUCCUUCUUAGAGGCGAUGGAAGAGGAAUACUACUACGAUGUCCGAAUCGCAGACGACUACUACAACCUCGCGGUUUACAAUUGGAACGAAAACGAGCAGAAGGCGCACGCGGCGAGAAAAAUCCGGGUGUUGGCGGAGCUGCGGGAGAAGGAAAGAGUACUAAAUGUCUUCGCAAGAGCAGGCCGUGCAGAGGAGUACUUUGAGAGCAGGACGUCGGAGGGAAAGAUAGCGGAUCAGCAGGAGAUGAAAGGCACAGCAACACCUGGUGCGUCGAGGUCGCACGACAAGAAGAUGAUAAACGCGAUCGAGAGCUUGGAAAGGCAACUCGAGGGAAGACAAAAGCUACUGCGGGAACAUGGGUAUAGGUCGCAGCAAGGAGUGCUCGUGAUGGAUCUGACGGGAGGUGGUGGUGGUGGAGCUGUUUCCAGCAGCUAUGGGGCGAACAAUAGAGCAACAUCUUCCACCGUUGUUGUACCGAAAAAAAUGUCACUCGUGACGCCCCGGGUCGCUGUGGGCCAGCAGUCGGGCAAGAGCGCGGGAGGAGGUACUGCGGAUCCACCUUUAACAGUUUCUCGUGCGCCCCCCUCGCCAGCAGCUCCAGGUCAUCAAGAUCUUGACGGUACUAGCAGUGGAACAACACCAGAGGCGGCUGCAAAAGUAGGAACCACUGCUCCUAUAGUAGAACGAGUCAUUAUCGCAACGCCCCCGCCCACGACGGAAAGCAUAACUCAGACGCCAGAAGAACAGAAGCAAAACACACAGAUGAAGGAAAGAGACGCUGAAAAGUCCGAGUUCUUUUUUAGGAACGACAAUGACACGGAGGUCGGUGGCGCUGUGGGAAUAAAAUCACUAUCACCUGCUCUACCAAGCGCAAGCGGGCAUAAUCUUCAUAAUUUUUCCACUGAUGGAAGUACAAGGACGAGCGCAUUUUCACCAGGGAAGGUUCUACCCGAGGGAAUUGACCCCGCGGCGUCGAAAAAUAUACCUCCCGAUCCUGUAGUACCCCCGGGAGGCAGCGGCACGACCAAAAGUAAGAGGGGCAUAAGAAAGAAACAGUGAGUUAAAGCUAAAUAAGAGCCUUGCAUGAAGAGGCGCGGUUGAAUACAUGCGCCACUGUUGUAAAAAGUAUCUACUUCUGCACUUCAUCAGUACUGCAUCAAUCUUCGCAGGGCCUAAUGCAUUCUGCCCCCGUUUGUACAUUAUGUAUCAGUGAAUUCUGAUUUAGAUUUUACCGCUAGCACUACCCCAUGGCCGGCGCACCGAUCGGCAUGCAAGAGAGCUACUUACACGAGGCAUUCUUUACUGCAAGCAGCUCUUAGAAAGAGAGGCGUAAAAAGCUAUUACCCGCACUCUUUGUCCUACGAUAAAAAGAGAACGCGCGAAGAACAGCACAGGAGUCCGUUAUUUGGAUUCUGUAUACGUACAAAAGCUAACUCACAGAAAGACACGGCCGUUCACGCCGUACCAGCAUCGCUGCAACCAUG